AUGACGUUCUGGAAGUUGGGUAAUAUUGAUGCUCAUAGGUUCUGUGAAUCAAGAGAUUGGAAUGGGAAGAAUUUGUCAGAGAUAGUGUUAUUAGAUAAUAGGAUUGGAUUGGGAUUGAUUACCGGUAGGCAUAGAAUGGAGAAGGGCUUAAGUAGCAUCACCACCACCAGCAGCAAGGAAGGGUUACCUCUCACCCCUCAUUCCAACUUCAAAACUGCUUCCACCGACGAUGACCUCGCUCACAUCCUCUUCAACAUCAAAUCCUCCAAAACUUCCGCUGUUAUCAAUUAUGGCGCCUCUUGGUGCCGCGUGUGCAGUGAAAUCCUCCCUGCAUUCCAUAGAUUGAGCAAUAAUUUUCCAAAGCUCUCCUUCGUCUAUGCAGAUAUUGAUGAAUGCCCAGAAACAACUCAACACAUUCGAUACACCCCUACUUUUCAAUUUUUUCGAGAUGGUGAAAAGGUAGAUGAAAUGUAUGGUGCUGGAGAAGAGAGGCUGCGUGAUCGCGUCUGGUUGCACUCUUGAGUACACUAUACAAUGUCAUUUUUAUUGUCAGAGUUAGGUGACAUGCUUGCAAUUUUCCAAUAGAUGUAACAUUGUGAAUCAUGAACAAUUCAGUGAAUAUUCAGGC